AACGUUAUUUCACGUAUGAAGAAAGAAUCUGCAUACAAAUGGCUAGAAUUUCAUGGAACAGCUUCAGUUUCGUUAUACAGCGCUUUAAUGCAAAAGAAUUCUAGAAACUUCUCUGUUGUAUGUUGUCGAAGUGCUAAAGGAAUCAUGCCAAUGUUCAAGUCGAAGUCUAUGAUUAGACUGAAUGAUAACAGCAAUGACAAUUCAGUUCGAUCUGCGGAGAAAGCUGGUAUUCUUUUUCCCGGGUCACCUGGAACUUACCGCAAAAUCAGCGCCACCAAUCAGCUGAAUAACGCAAAACCUAGGCGGAUCACGGCUGGCAACAUGUUAGCUAACAAAAUGGCAGAGGUUGGAGUUGCUAGUGUUGGGAGCUGGCCAAAUGACAAGGAUUCCUACGAACUUGGCGAAGUUAUUGGUGUUGGUGCCACUGCAAUUGUUCAUAGUGCAUUCUGCAAGCCUAGGAAAGAGAAAUGUGCUAUAAAACGAAUCAACUUGGAAAAAUGGAAUACGAAUAUGGAUGAACUUUUAAAAGAAAUACAAGCAAUGAGUGCCUGCAAUCAUGAAAAUGUUGUUAGUUAUUUCACAUCCUUUGUCGUGAAAGAAGAAUUAUGGCUGGUAAUCAAACUUCUAGCUGGAGGGUCAUUACUAGAUAUUAUUAAACACAAAAUGAAAAUGGAAGACUGUAAACAUGGUGUUUUUGAUGAAGCUACUGUUGCUACAGUUCUAAGAGAAGUUCUUAAAGGUUUAGAAUAUUUUCAUAACAAUGGCCAAAUUCACAGGGAUAUAAAAGCUGGAAAUAUUUUGCUUGGUGAUGAUGGAACUGUUCAAAUUGCAGAUUUUGGUGUGAGUUCGUGGUUGGCAACAGGGGGUGAUUUGUCUCGUCAGAAGUCGCGCCAUACAUUUGUGGGCACACCUUGUUGGAUGGCUCCUGAAGUAAUGGAACAAGUAACUGGAUACGAUUUUAAAGCAGAUAUAUGGAGUUUUGGCAUAACUGCCAUUGAAUUAGUGACUGGAACUGCACCAUAUCAUAAAUAUCCUCCUAUGAAGGUUUUAAUGCUGACUUUACAAAAUGACCCUCCUACAAUUGAUACUGUAGCUGAAGAAAAGGACCAGUAUAAGAAUUAUGGAAAAACGAUUCGAAAGAUGAUUGCAGAUUGUUUACAGAAAGAUCCUUCAAAAAGGCCUACUGCAUCAGAACUCCUAAAGCAUCCAUUUUUCAAAAAAGCCAAGGAUCGUAAAUAUCUUAUCCAGAUGUUAGUUUCCUGUGCACCUAGUCUUGAAAUACGAGCUCAAAAGCUGAAAAAUACAAAAAGAGUUCCUGGUACUAGUGGCCGUCUUCAUCGAACAGAAGCCGGUGACUGGGUCUGGUCAUCAGAUGAAGAAAGUGAAGAGAAAAAUGAAACCUCUGAUACCCCUAGCAACAAAAUUGAACAGCUUUCAGCAGAGAGCGAGUCACAAAAAAUUGAAGCUCAGCCUCCUAGUACGCAGUCAGAUAGUCUUCCAUGUAAUGUAACACCUGUUUCAAAUGAAAUUACUCCUCCUAAAGAUCAAAAUACAGUUGUUAGUUCUGAACCAAGUGCUUAUCAAGAAAAUGUUGCCACAUUAACAAAUGAAUCUAGUAGUCCUCAACUAAUUAAUCUGGUUUUAAGGAUACGGAACCAAAAAAAGGAAUUAAAUGACAUUAGGUUCGAAUUUCUUCCAGAUAGAGAUACAGCUGAUGGUAUUGCAGCAGAACUUGUUGGUGCUGGUUUGGUAGAUGGCAAAGAUAUAAUAGUUGUUGCUGCUAAUCUUCAGAAACUUGUGGAUAAUUUGUCAUUAAAAUCUGCAGUCUUUGCCUUGAAUCCUGGUCCUAAUCCUUCUGAGGUGCCUGAUGAAAAAGCUCUAAUAGGUUUUGCACAGUUAUCUAUUGCUACAGAAUAAAACGAUAUGGGACCAAAUAUAAUUCUACCAGCAUUAAGAUCACCUAAAGAACUAGUCCAGCCUUCAGGCUCAGACGUUUGCUUUGCCAACCACUUCAGGUGGUCUUCACUUGCCUCUGUCUGGAAACUUUCUUUGUGAAAGAUUAUGCUAUUAUAGUUCAUUAUUUAUGAUAUAAAAUGCCAAUUUAAUAUAUAUUUUGGACCUGUGUACCUUUUUGCAAUAUAUAGCCUUAUCAGUUCUAUAUUUCUGUGAUUCUUUGUGAUUUCUUAACAUGACUGAAAAAACGUUUUGUAUCAAUUGCACAAAGUGCAACAAAUAUCCAGGACUGUGAAGGCCUUCUGCACUAAGGGGCCUUAAAUUUCUGAAGAUGCAUAAACCUGAUCCUGGACGAAAAAUCCCUUCAUUCUUUUGUUAAAAAAAGAUGCAAACUGCAGCAUUCCCCACCUUUACAAUUUCUACUGAAACUCUUUGAAAAUGGAAACUCACUUCUUAUAAUGCACUUUUUGUUGUACUAUGUUUUCGUAACUGUUUGUGAAUAAAGUGAGAAAAAGGGAAUACGUUAA